AUGCCACCUAGAACUAGAAGAAAUGAACUCAAUUCAAAUUAACUCAAAGUAAGACGAAUAAUAAAUAAAAUAAAUAGGAAGAAGGGAAUAAGGCUUUUCUAAAUAGUGAAUAUGAUAAAGCACUUACUUUAUACACAAAAGCUAUUUGUAAGAGUUUUCUUAAUAGUGUUUAGAGAUUGAAGAAAAUCCAAUCUAUUUUAACAAUCGAUCUUAAGCAUAUUUUUAUUUGGAUGAUUUAGAGUUGGCCCUUUAAGACUGUAAUAAAGCUUUAUUGUUGAAUCCAAAUUAUGUUAAGGCUUUAAUAAAUAAGGCCCAGAUACUAUAUGAAAUGGGUUAUAUUUAAGUAUCUAUAUGAUCAUAGCUAGGAUGCUAUUUAAUGCUUAGAAUAAAUGGAAAAUCAUAGUUUAGAAAUAGAGAAACACUUGAAUUAUUAUAAAUCACUAGUUCUACAAGUAAUAAUAAUAUAUAUCUUAGUCUUUAAUUGAUUAAGAUGAGUUGGUUAGAUAAAAUAGAUUUUUAGAAUGGCUUAAGAAUGGAUAAGCUCAUUUUCCUAAAAUUUAGAUUGAAUGCUAUUCAGAAGAUUAUCGAGGAAUAAAUGCAAAAAAGGCUAUAAGUUCAAAAGAAAUCAUCUUAUUCAUUCCUAGAUCACAUAUGAUAACUUUAGAAAUGACAAAAGAAACAUCAAUAGCUAAAAAAAUAAUUCAAUAUAGACUUGAUUUAUUAUCACCAAAACACUCAUUUCUGUCUACUUUUUUAUUGUAAGAAAAAGCUAAUUAGGAUUCAUUUUGGAAACCUUAUUUAGAUAUUCUUCCAAAAUCAUAUUCCAAUUUUCCAAUCUUUUUCAAUGAAAAUGAUUUUGAAUGGUUGAAAGGAUCAUCUUUUUUAAGUAUUAUAUAUUUUGAAUAUUUUAGAAUAAGUCAAAGAUAAAAUUAUUGAUUUAAAAAAAGAUUAUGAUAAUAUUUGUAAAAUAGCUCCUGAAUUCCUCUAAUAUUCAUUUAAUGAAUUUUGUUGGGCUAGAAUGACUGCAUGCAGCAGAAUUUUUGGUAUAAAUAUUAAAGGAAUUAAAACUGAUGCUUUUGUUCCUCUAGCAGAUAUGCUGAAUCAUAAACGUCCUAAAUUAACUUCUUGGUGUUAUUCUGAUGAAAGGUAAGGAUUUAUAAUUGAAACUGAUGGAAAUAUUGAAAAAGGUUAGAUGAUUUUUGAUAGUUAUGGAAGUAAAUGUAAUUCAAGAUUUUUAUUAAAUUAUGGAUUUGUUGUAGAUGAUAAUAAUGCAAAUGAAGUAAAUGUGAUUGUUGAUCCAGAUAGACCUAUACCACUAAUAUAAUUAAAAGAAGAAUUAAUUAGAGACACUUUAUAAUUUCCAAAAUCUUUUAAAUUAGUUAUUGAUCCAGAAGGUAAUUUAAUAUGUUUAUUUAGAUGUUAACAUAUUAGAUUUAAUGAGUUUUUUAAGGUUUCUUUUAAUAAAUGAUUAAAAUGAUCUUAUCAAUUUACUUGGAAAGAAAUAAUACUUUAAACCCACAAAAAUCUCAUUUGUUAGUAUAUAAAAUGAAUUAAGUAUGUGGGAUUAAAUUGAAAAUAUUUGUACUCAUAGUCUUAAUCAAUAUCCAACAACUUUAGAAGUAAUACUUUUAUUAUAUUAUUAGUAAGACUAAGAAAUACUUAAGAUAUGUGAAUUGACCAUAAAUUAAAGGAAUUGUUUAAUUUUAAGAAUGGGUGAAAAAAAAAUACUAUAAUUUUAUUUAAAAUUUAGUAAUAAAAUGAGUUAGUUGUUCUCAAAUUUUAAUAUUAUUGUAUGUUAUUUAAUAUUAUUUAUUAGGAAUUGACGAAAUUUCAAUUAAAUUAAGAUAACUACAAUUACUUAUAUUAUUUAAAUAGAAUUAUUAAUUAACUAAAAAUGAAAACCUGA